AUGGUCAGAGACUGCGGACCUACUACAGGAGAUGGUCAGAGACUGCAGGCAUACUACAGGAGAUGGUCAGAGACUGCAGGCAUACUACAGGAGAUGGUCAGAGACUGAAGACCUUCUACAGGAGAUGGUCUGAGACUGCAGGCAUACUACAGGAGAUGGUCAGAGACUGCAGACAUGAUAGGGAGAUGCACAGAGACUGCAGACAUGAUAUGGGAGAUGGUCAGAGACUGCGGACAUGAUACGGGAGAUGGUCAGAAACUGUGGACAUGAUACGGGAGAUGGUCAGAGACUGCGGACA